AUGAGCCCCAGCCCUUCAUUCUUUUCUUUUUGUUCUCAGCAUCAGGGUAGAGCCAAGGGGAGAAGGAAAGGUAGAACACCGAAAGGUUGGAGAGCUUGCCAGAGCGAAGUAGAGGAGGCAAGGAAGGUGCUUUCUCUUCUGCAAAGCCCCCUGGGCCGGCACGAUGACAUCACCCGCUUUCGUCAACUCUUAUGUCCAGACCCCUUCUGUGAGGUGUGUAAUAAUGCAACUGCUGAGGUCAAUCGGCUGCUACUCCCAGAGGCCCCGGAAGAUUCUACUUCCUCUGUGUUCCCGUUGGCUUCCACAGCUCCUGUGACUGACUCAUCGUUUGCUCUGUCCCCUGCCUUCUCAACAGUCCCUUCAAGAGACCUAACACCAGCCUCUCUGCCUGAGACUUCCCCACUGUCCCCCUCCGCUCUCUCCCCUAACCCUAUGACCCCCUUAGUUGACGUUUUUUCACCCUCCCCAUUGGGUCAUUCUCUGGCACCAGAGCCUUUUCCUUCCUUGGAUUCCGAAUUCCCAGUGGACUCUUCCCCACCCCAACCCCUUGCCUUUCCCCCUCUCCUACCACAUGACACACAGACAGCAGAUCCUGUUCUCCCACGAGAGGCCACUUUGUCUCCGGAUACCAUUUUCUCUCUUGACCCCACCCAGUCAGUUGCUGAUAAGCAUGACUCGGCAGUCUGCCUUCCCUUUUGGAGCAGCAAAGACAAACCAAAGGAGCUGCAUGUGCCUCAGCAGCCCCCAUAUCCUAAGACCCUGGAGGACCAUUUACAGCAAAAACCUAUCCAGUUCUUCUGGGGUCUCCCGUCUCUGCACAGCGAGUCCUUGCCCUCUGCUGUUCAUGUCUUGGCUGACAGUUCCUCAAUCUUUAUUUUCAAUAGAAACUCGAAUGCCUCCACAGGCCAAGAAUCGCCAGUGCUUCCCGAUCCCCUACCUCUGGCCUUGCCUGAGAUUCAGCCUGGACCCUUGCCUCAAUCUCAGCCACUACCUCUCACUCAGGUCCAGUCCCAGGCCGACCCUCAAUCCCCACUCCCAGUCAUACCGUCUGAGCCUCUACCCCAGAUUAGGAUCUGUGGAGUAAGUUUCCACAGACCUCAGGAUGAGUCAGAGUCUCUCUCCUCAUCUGAAAUUCAACAGCUGGAAUGGAACAUUGUGCAGAAGCAACAGGGAAGUGUGUGGGGUUUACCCUCUGUGGUCCAAAGAUCUCGGGAAGACUUUUGUCCAUCAGCUCCUAACGUUCCUUGCCACCGGGCCCCCCAGGCCCAUGUUUCAAUCUCCAUCCUUCCUGGGGAGUUUCCUCUCAGUGAUGAACUUCGGAAGAAACUAGAGCAUCACCUUCGAAAGAGGCUCAUCCAACGCCGGUGGGGCCUGCCCCGCAGAAUCUACGAGUCUGUGUCACUGAUGUUGCCUCCAAAUCGUUUUUCAGAGGCAUCUGAGUCGGAGAGCAAUAAUGGAGUCUCACCAAUCCCUGUGUCUAAGGGUCAGAGUAGCAAAAAUGUAGAUGUUGGAUUGAGCCAAACUGGAAGCUUCCAUGAGAGGAGCUCAGAAAUGUUCCAGCUGGAGGAAGAUGUGGGGAAGGAUCUGGGACACAGCCUAGAGAAUGGCCCCAAAGAUCACCUGUUGAAUGACCCAAAGAGCUCUUCAGGUAAGGAUCUGGGGUAUGACUCUGAGAAAGACCUAAGCAGCAGUCAGACGGUGAGUCUCUCAGAGAAAAAUUCAAGGGUGUCAGCAGAGAGUCUAGGUCGGAGGCAACCUGAAAAUGUCCUAAAAGUACAUUUGAGCAAGAAGUUGGAGGAAAUAAAUGAGGGUCGGCUCCCUGGGACUGUGCAUAAUUCAUGGCAUGCUAUCAGGCAAACAUUGCUUCUUUCUGUGAAAUCCCACACCCAAACAAAACUGAGAAGUUUGCCAUCAUCAGUGGGUGAGGCCUACUCCCUGAAUACCUUCCAGGACCUGACUUUUGUUGAUUCCAGUGCACAACAGAUGCUGGAAGCCCAUAUUAAAAGGUUUCGUAUGAGGAUGUUGUGGGCCCUUCCCCGCAGGGUCCUUGAAUCCAUACGGAUCUCUAAAUUGAAAGACGCCUCAUUCCAGUCCUUGUCUCAUGCCAACUUGCCCUCCUCAACCAGUGUGAUUUCUGAGGCAGACUCCAAAUCUGGGAGCUUCAAGUCCUUUAGAGGAAGCUCUAAGUCUCUCCAUGGAGACAAAGUGGGAACAACAACAACCCCUGCCCUGGAUCGUUCUCUCCCUGCCACCUCACCUGUGGGCAAAGGAGGACAGAGGGUCCUGAGACAAUCACGCUCUGAUGUCAACCGUGGGCUGGCAGAGGAUGUUCAGAGAAUUAAGGAUGCCAGACAGACUCGUCUGCCUGUCUCACUCUGCGUCACAGGGAAAGCAGGUCCUAGACAGACUCAACUAGCCAACAGAUAUCCCCAAAAGCUGCUUGCAAAGCAAGCUGGGGCCAGAUAUGAGCCGAAGCAUAAGACUGUGAGUUUCAGUGAUAAAGGAGAAAUGCAACAGGGCAAAAAGGUGGAGGAGUCAGAACCUGUUUCCAUGCCCAAAUGGUCUAGGGAGGUAUUCACGGCCGAGGAGCUUGAUACUCUUCAAUUAAAAACUAGUGACAUGUUGACAACUCGCAAGCCAGGGAGCUCCCAAAUGACAAAUGUGAAGGAGCAUAAAGAAGAAACUACCGUGACCCCUGGAAGCCCCCCACCCAAAUUCCCAGUUCCCCAAGAUCCGAAAUCAUUAGACCUUAAAGAACAACUGUUCAGUGAGUUAAACUUUAAACUGGAGAACAGGGAGCAUAGCCAGGCUCAAGGCCAACCCACGGACACAUCCCUUGCCUCAGAUAACUUGACUUACGAGGCCUCACUGACUCACGCCCAGGUUGUCUCGGGUGGGGACAUGGGAGCUUCCCAGGUGCUGCAUGUCCAUUUGAAGGACAGAGGAAUCAGGAUGGAGCAGCAGCAGGAACCUCGGGUCCCUAAGCAUGCCUUAAGGAGAUGCCAGGAUAAGAAUUUCCCACCAACUGCAAAGAGGGUGAGCCCUCUGGAGCCCAAGGCAGAAGAGCUUGGUGGAGGGGAUCCAAGGUUGGGGACAUCCCAACUUAGGAGGAAGAGUUUCCCUACUCAGGAGAUGGUACUAAAGGAGACACUUGCGAGCAAGUCUUCCCAGACCCUAUCAGAGAAGGGACAGCCUCUUCCUGAAGGCCGUGUCAGAAAAAGAAUGAAGGACUUCUUGCAAUGGUUUUUUUCUGGGAAAAAAUACAAAAGGCUAGAAGAUGCCCAGGAAAAACGCAGCCCCAUAUCAACUGUGCAGAACAGAGGCCUAGUUAAAAGUAGAGCUGCCUUAACUGGGACAACUGGAGCUCAGAAAAUCGUGACAGACAUCGGGAAGUCCCUAGAGGAGAAACUGGGGUGUCAGCAUGUAAUUGAUGCCACCUGCUCUCAAGAGCCCCUUCCUUCCCCAGUGCAGUUUAGGAAAACUCAGCAAAAGGCGGAAGUGCAGGUC